AUGACACACAAGAGUAGUGGGGAAUUAAAAACGACUGUUCACCGGAAACCAGCGGACAGUGGUGCCAUCUUAGACUACUCAUCUGCACAUCCAAAGGCAGUAAGUGUUAGGCAGAAUUCCAUACAGAUACCGGUUUACUGCUCACAGUUAGGUGCCGCUAUGGCCGAGAAGCCUAUCCCGCACAAGAUUGGUCAAAGUUCGGACCGCUUCCCGGUCCCGCAUCAUGUAUUUGCCGAAUUUCGGUUGCCAAUAUCGUACCCAGAGGAUAUUAUAAGUCGCAGAAUAUUGUCAUGGCUUGCACUUUAUAUACGACGCGCUGUACAGAGGAAUAACUCACCCUCGGUAGAUGAACUGAUUACACUGCAUAGGUUGCGCUGGCUUGACCACGUGCCGCGUAUAUCAGUCGACCGACUCCCUCGAAGGGCCCUUUUCGCACCACCACGUGAAGGGUAUAAGAGAGGCGGUUAA